GGAUUAUAUAUAAAUUGAUGCUUACACAAAUAUAGGUUAGUCUAUUUUUGUAUGUAAACAAUGAUGGAGGUGUUUUUCAUGUGUAUGCUACUCCUGCGUUUUAUAGCAGCAACCGACGCCUUUUCCGAAGACGAUGCUAUGAGGUUUUUUCAUCAGUAUGGGUAUAUAGAAAAUGGUUCUCUAGCAGAUUUCAAUACAACGCUCCUACAUUUCCAAGAACGAUAUAAUUUAUAUGUUGAUGGUACAUUAAACGAUGAUACCAUAGCAUUAAUGCAAAAACCUCGAUGCCAAACUGGUGAAAACGAUUACUCUCUUACUGGAAAAUGGUAUAAACAUAAUCUACGAUGGUAUUUUCCUCAGGCUGAUCGAGCGCACCAUAUAAUUCAAAUAGUUGAACGAGCCUUUAAAAUGUGGGAAGAUGUUUCAAAUUUGCAUUUUAGCAGAGUAACUCUUCCUGUUCCGACACCAGAUAUCACUAUAACAGCCGUUAAAGGAAAGCAUUAUUUUCGCUCCAACUGUAUGGGUAACCGAGAGUGUGGACAGCAGUUUGAUGGUCGUGGUGGAAAAUUAGCACAUGCAUAUUUUCCCCUCAUUAAUGAUACUUGCGUAGAAAUACAUGUAGACUUGGAUGAAAAAUGGAGUUAUAAUGUGAACGAUACAGAUUAUGAUUCUGCCAAUCUCUUUAUGGUUAUUCUUCACGAAAUUGGUCACAGUUUAGGUUUAUCGCAUAGUAACGAUAAGAAUGCUGUAAUGUAUCCCUGGUAUUCACAUAAAUUACUCACUAUUACUCAGGAUGAUAUUAACGGUAUGGAGGCUUUAUACGGACGCAAAAGUACAUAUAUUACUACGCAGCAAACUAGUGCAUCAACCCAGGCAACACCGCGAAAAAGUACAUCUUAUAUUCCUACACAGGCUAGUACAUCAACUCGAUCGCAUAAAUCGAGGGUGCAUACUACAAGACCCCGUCCUAUACCAACCGAGAUUAUACCUCACCAAACAACGAAAACUGCACUGCGAGUAUCUAUAUUCAUCGAAUGA